UCUAGUUUUCUGUGUUUCUCACAAAACACCGUUUUGAAACGUUUUCCUAGUUACCCUUUAUGAUCACUUUUUGAGACCCUCUCCCUCCCCCUUCCCCUCUCCCUCUCUAUUUAAUUCUUUCUCAAUCACACCAUUUUAAGGUCUCAAACAAGAAAUUUUCGAUUCCUAAUCCAGAUAAAUAUCUUUGUAUUCAAAUUUUCUGUGUAUUUUAAAUAGAAAAUAACUAGGCCAAAAUAUUUGGAACUGCGGCUUCUGUGGAUUAAACACGCCUUUUUGGCUGCUUCUGGAAUCUUGAAGAAAAAUCUCAAAUUUCUGGAUUUUGCCGAUGGAGAAUUGGCGGAGUCAAAAGUGGGAUAAUCAUAGACAGGAACCUCGCAGAAGCAAAUCACCGCAGUAUAAGAAGCCACCCCGUGGUAGUUGGCAGCCAAGAGUGCCUUUAUGGGAGAAAGAAUUCUGCAAAGUGAUUGGUUCAAUAGAUUGGGAAACAUUUUUGCACAUGAAGAAAUUCAUUCAUCUAUACAAUAAUGUGCUUGAAUGGAAUGAUUCUGCUGGGGAAGAGGCAUUUAGAAAUGCCAAGAAACGAUUCUGGGCAAAAAGGCAGGGCCUCCCCUGUGAUGCAUUGUUACCGGAUCCAGAUCUUUACAUUGAUGAAAUAAAUUGGAGUUUGGAAAUUGAUGCGGAGGUGCUAUUGGAGUUUGAAUGCAAUCCCGAAAUUCCCAAGGCAGGUGAAAACCACGAGACAGUCGUAAUUUUUGGCGAUUCUUUCCUUGCAAACCAAGCAUUCUUAUCGACUGGCUGGGGUGACAAUGAAGAGAAUUUUAAAAUACCAACUAAUGAAUCUCCUGCCAAUUAUGGUAUUUUAGAGUUGCAUGACUGGGAUGGAACUGCAAAUGGAUGCACUGAUUAUCGCAAUAAUACAUGGUACGUUAGCGAUGUCAGUGGAGCUGUUGGACAUAUGCCGUGGGAAGGUGAUUCGAAUAAUAACUGGGGUUGGAAUCAUUCGAAUGGUCAUGACAAUUAUGAAGUGAAACCUGUGAAACCCAUUAAACCCAAAUAUUUUGAAGACAAGAAAGCAGACAAUGUUCAGGGAUCAAGGGACGACAACAAUAUGGGGAGAGUUGAUGAUGCUGGUAGAUACUUAUCAAGAUACAGAACUCCAAGAUUCCAGGUCAAUGAGCACCAUAAAAAUCACCUAUGGUGGAAGGACAGAGGUCGAAGAAGAUAACCAUUUUUUGAGAGAAACAUUCAGCUUCACAUAAAGGAAGGAGAAAAUAGUGGAAUAUGGUGAAUAUAUAACAGCUGAGCAAACAUGGAGUCGGUUGAACCCUGUUUUCUUGAAUGCAAAAUAGACUUGAUUUAUUUCAUUUCAUUUAUUAUGCAUCUUUAAGUAGUGUAUAUAGUACUAAACUCAGCAAAGUCUGCUGUAUAGAGUUUCUUUUGGAGCGUGUUCUGUCAUGUAGUUUCCUACAAAAUUUUGAAGAUAAUUUUCUGGUAUUGAGGGAGAUUGUAUUACAAGUCAUUACUGUUUUGUCUGUCUAUAUAUAUAAUUAUACUAUUUCCAUCU